AUGUCUCAUUUCAUUUGUAAUUACGAUUGUCUACUUUCUUCUGAUGAUGAGUUGGAAACAAUUGUAACUGCCUUUUUAAUUGAAGAUUCAUUAGAUGAUGAAGAAGGUUCGCGAUCACAGAUCAUUCCCGGCAAGCAACGACGUGUGUUUAUUAGGAGAAAUCCUUUGGAGGGUCACAUACGUCUCUUCAAUGACUACUUUGCCGAUCCAUCGAUAUAUCCUCCUAAUAUAUUCAGGAGGAGGUUUCAAAUGAAUCGUGACAUCUUUCUUCGAAUUCUUAACAAUGUGGAGAAUCAUGAAUCAUACUUCGUUCAAAGAAGAAAUGCUGUUGGAACUCUUGGGCUUUCUUCUUUACAAAAGGUGACUGCCGCCUUGAGGAUCCUAGCUUAUGGAGUUGGAGCUGAUCUCAUGGAUGAGUAUGUAAGAAUUGGAGAAACCACAGUCAUAAAGAGCAUGAAACUUUUUGCCAAAGCGGUAAUCUCAAUCUUUGGAGAUGAGUACUUGCAGUCUCCAAAUAACAAUGGCAUUGCUAGAUUGCUAGCAGUCGGUGAGAAACGGGGAUUUCCAGGUCGUAAAAGGCAAUUGUUUGCAUCAGCUCAAGAAUCUACAAGGAAGGAUGUCGAGCGAGCAUUUGGAGUUCUACAGGCACGAUUUGCAAUUGUUCGUGGACCAGCACGAUAUUUUUGUCAAUCUGAACUAAAAGAUAUUAUGAUGGCGUGCAUAAUAUUACACAACAUGAUCGUUGAGGAUGAAAGAAAUUCUUACCUUAGAGCACAUGACUUUGAUUAUGACUAA